GGCGGGCCAGUGGAGCGAGAUCAUGUGAGAGUCCACGCGCCGAAAGUAGGUUAGACUACAGAGAACCACAGACGCAGAGAGAGGGAAAGAGAAGAGGGCAUCACUUUAUUGCAUAGCAGACAGUGCGCGCAUUUACGCAGGAAAAAAAAAGCGUGAGAUGAAGCGGAAUUUACUCUGAGCAAUCGGAUGAGAAGAGCGAGUAGGCUGUGCAAUAACUUAUGAGGUUUAGUGGUGAUUUUCUCACAACUGGUCUGUUUUGGAGUUUUCAGAAUUUUACUUGAGUUUUACUUUCGGCGCUGUUCAAAUGUACUGGAGUUAUAUUAUCGUUCGCAGAUAAUAUAGCAACAAAAUGAGAGCACAAAUCGAAGUAAUCCCGUGCAAGAUUUGCGGGGACAAGUCAUCAGGCAUCCACUAUGGGGUGAUCACUUGUGAAGGCUGCAAGGGCUUCUUUCGCCGAAGUCAGCAGAACAAUGCGAUAUACUCCUGCUCCAGGCAGAGGAACUGCCUUAUUGACCGAACCAAUCGCAAUCGCUGCCAACACUGCCGCCUGCAGAAGUGUCUGGCGUUGGGCAUGAGCCGUGAUGCGGUGAAGUUUGGACGCAUGUCAAAAAAGCAGCGCGACAGCCUCUAUGCCGAGGUUCAGAAGCACCAGCAGUCCCAGGAGCGGGCAGGGGGUUUGGGCAACGGUGUAUCCGGCCAUGCUGGUGAUGAGGUCGGGGAAAACGGCAGCAGCCACGGCCGGGCCUACAGUCGUGGCUCCAGCACCACACUUAGUGACCUGGAUGACAUAACCACGCUACCAGACGGUCUCCUGUUUGAUCUGCCGCUCACACCGGAGGAAGCUGCUGACUACUGCAGCCUGGAGCUGCUGGGAGGAAGCGGUGGGAGCAGUUCGUCCUCCCAGAGUUCUCCUGAGUCGAACAGACAGGAGUUUAGUGACACGACACACAUCAAACACGAAUACCAGACCCUGCACGAGACGGGACUUUACAGUCGCUCGUUACUUACCCCACCUGAAGGCUGUUCCUUGAUGGAAAUCGAACGGAUUACACAGAAUGUGGUAAAAUCCCACAUCGAGACAAGUCAGUACAGUACAGAAGAGCUGAAAAAAUUAGCUUGGACCCUCUACACACCUGAGGAGAUGCGGGUCUACCAAAACAAGUCCACAGAGAUGAUGUGGCAGCAGUGUGCGGUGCACAUCACGAACGCCGUCCAGUACGUGGUGGAGUUUGCCAAGCGCAUCUCUGGAUUCAUGGACUUGUGCCAAAAUGACCAGAUUAUCCUUCUCAAAGCAGGCUGCCUGGACGUACUGUUGAUCCGAAUGUGUCGGGCCUACAACCCCAUCAACAACACUCUGUUGUUCGACGGAAAGUUUGCAAGCCCGCAACUCUUUAAAGCUCUCGGUUGUGAUGAUCUGGUGGGUGCUGUGUUUGAGAUGGCUAAAACCCUGAGUCGGCUACAGCUGUCUGAAGAGGAGAUGGCCUUGUUUACCGCCACCGUGCUUCUGUCUCCAGACCGACCUUGGUUGACAGAUACUCAGAAGGUGCAGAAACUUCAGGAGAAGGUCUAUGUUGCACUGCAACACUGUCUUCAUAAAAGUGGUGCCCCUGAGGAGAAACUGGCUAAGAUGGUGUCCAAGUUGCCCAUGAUGAAAUCUAUUUGCAACCUCCAUAUUGAUAAGCUGGAGUUUUUCCGUCUCCUUCACCCAGAAACGGCCUAUAACUUCCCUGCUCUCUACAGAGAGGUUUUCUGCAGCGAAAUCUCCUUCCCAGACUCCACUGAGGGCUAACAUUCAUUGAAGUGUCAUACUGGCUCUGAUAAGAGACAGAGAGGAAAGACAGUUAAAGAAAGGCAGGGAAUGAAACUAGAAGGAGGCAGAUGGAUAUGUGUUUGAGAAAUACCAGCGACACACUGACAAUCUUGCACAUUACACUUUAGGACUCCAUCUGUAACCUCCCUCCUGAUCGAGUGAUUCUCUCCUCUAUUUGAACAGGACCCAGAUUUCUUAGAAGACGCUGUUAAAUAUCAGCAGUCAUUUAAGGUGCUGGUUACUAUUACUCAUGCUACCUACAUACAGUGACUCAAAUGGAGUAAAUGAUGUAUAUUUAAUUCAAACAUGGAGCUCAGAUCUCCUUAAAAAACAUUGAGUACUCUUAGAAAGAGAACUAUGAAUGUAACCCACCUAACAUGUGGCAAAGCCUCAGGAUUAAGACAGAAUGUAUUAUGUAUUCCUGCCCCAUAUAUAAAACAAGCUUAAGGCUUGGUUUCUGUAAAUGAACAGUUUUGAUGCAAAACUGUUUAAAGGGACCAAUGCGUACACACCUGAGGUUGCAGACGCCACAUGAGCACCUUCACUUUCACAGACUCAACACUAACACAGCGCACUGCACAGACCACACGUGCACAUGGUGUGUUGUCUUCUGAGCUCUUUGUUUUUUGCAUAUAAAUUUCAGAUAUGCAACUAAACUAAUGAAAACCUCAUCCUUAUUACCCUUUCCCACGCAAAUGCCACUUGGAUAAAGAUAUUAGAUGAUAUUUUGAUAUCCUCGUUUGAUCGGAAACCACAUGUAUGUAGAACAGAAUAGAUGUUUUUGAGAAUAUAUUUAUAAACAGAGCCUGUAGAUAGCAUAUGUAGGCAAAGAUAGGAAGUUGCACCUUAGAACGAAUGUUCUCAAGCCCUUUCAAAGACUUUCAAACCACAGGAGUGGAAUUCUGGGCUGGAGUUGGAAUGACAUGCGGAUUUUCAAAGCUUUAGAUUUAGAUGCAGAUGGACAGCACUUAAAUACUCAAAAAACGGACUUUGCGAGAGCGGGAGUUUGCUGUCGCCUCACAUCAGAUGGCGAAAAGACAAUGGCACUAUGAGACUUUCUGAAGUGUAGCAAACGGCUGCUGGGAGCAAGGCCUCAGGAGAACGCAAGGAGCACACAAGGAAGUGGAUGGAAAGAAGCUUAUGUUUUUAGAGACAACGGACAACCUGAGCUCACCGUCAGUCACGAGGACACCACAGAAAUGUUGUAAUGUCGAAUUUUCUGUACAGCUGUGAGGAUAAGUGGAUCCACAGGCCAUACCUCAUGCUUUGCUUUGUGUCCGAUGUGGAGAUCAGUGUUGUGUUGCUGUGUGAUUAUUAUUAUUUUUUAUUUUUUUUAGUGUCAUCCAUUUAUCCUUUGUGUUCACUAUUGGUUGACAGAACCAUCAGCUACCCCCCUGAGUUUGGGAAUAUUAUGGUUAGUUUAUGUUCUGAAACUUAGCGGUUCAAACCGAAGAAGAAAAUCUGCUAUCAGCGUUCAUUCUUCAGAGGCAGGAAGUCCAGUUUGGUCUCAGGGGAGAUUUAGGAGUGGCCCAGAAACUGGCAUACAAACUAAAGCCCAAAGGAGGGCUUUUCAAAACCUUUGUAAGAUUACAGGGUAUGAAAGAUGUUUCGAAUGAUUAAUAAGUAUCAUCGUCCAGUUUCCUGACACUUAACAAGCUCGCCUGAUGUUUUAUUUUUGCACUGCUGGAACGGUGCCUAACUAUAUUUUCUUGUACGAUUUUAUAUGCUAUAAUACACAUUUUCUGGGUGUUUAACACAGUAUCAUAAUGUCUGCCUGUGCAAUAGUCAGUCUUUCCAUUUUUAGUAUUGACAUCCUUCACAAGCCAAGGAUCUCCUUGGAUUUCAUAAGCACUCCAGCUCGGAUCGUUUAACACCCCCCCUCCAGCUAAGUUCUGUCUAUGCUUUUUCGUUUUAUUUUUUAUGCUUGUCUAACUUAAAUUGACAUGUGAAGGUGGAGAAAGAUUGUAACAAAGUACGUACUUUGUGAAAACCAUUUUGAGUUUUAGACAAUGUAUUUUUGUGGAGUGUAAUUCGCAGCCCUACAAACUGCCACAAGCGUCCGGCCCGUCCUUGAGGGUAGUUCUGGAAGUGUGCGUUUACAUCUACACUCAGUCACUCAGGGAGAUAGCUGGGUUCUCUGUCCUAAAAUGUCUUCUUCAGUUAGCCUAGCAAGACACCUUGCACCAAAUAGAAGACCUUAAACCUUGAUCACUGUGUACGGUAACUUUUUUUGUGAAUGUUAAUCACAGAAGUAUCAAAGAAUUUUACCCCGUCUUAUAUCAGUGCUAUUGGAGGACUUUUUCAGUUUGACUUGCUUAAAAAAAAAAAAAAAAGAAUAGGAUCGAAACUAUAAGGUAUAUAGAAAUAUAUAUAUAUAUAUAUAUAUAUAUAUAUAUAUAUAUAUAUAAGUAUGAAUUUAAUCUUUAAAUCUAGUGUUGUGUUUUUUUACUUGUUUAUUUUUGUGACAUUUUCUUUCUUUAUUUCUGUCCUUUUCUGUAAUAUUUUCUCACCCGUGUAGUGUCAUCCUUUGUCUUGAAGAAUUAAAAUCCUAUUUUUUUAAAGAGCAUUUUUAAGCAGAAAAGCCCCUACAAGAGUCCUCAUUCUUUGCCAUGGUCCUUCUGUGGUUGUUUCAGUUGUAACUUUAUUUUUACGCAAAUAAAUCACAUAGAUUUUAAGAAAUAUAAUUUAUGGUAUAUUAUGGAUACAGACAAUAAGACAAACACAUUAAGAGUUAUUGUUGUACAAUGAGGAUUAAACACAUGGAUUCCAGAAUGUAAUAAAGGUCUUUUUACUUUA